AUGUUGAGGCGUGCAAGUGCCGUUAAUGCUGCAGCGUCUCUCACCGCAGAUGGGGCGGCUGUACUGCGCGGUGCCCCGCGCGGGUUUUGUUUCAACCACGACACUAUGGAAAUGGGCAGGGCAUCCUGCCGGUACGUCUGUGAUCACGCGCAUUUGCUGCUGCUUUCGUGGUGUGGCACACUCCUCCCUGAUCCCCAUCCUCAUCCUCGCCCUUUUCUCAUCCUUUUCUCUGGCCCCGUCUCCCUUUUCCACUCCCCCAGCAAAGCAAAGCGCAGCACACAACCCACCUCAGCCAAUAAACGAGCCAUGAGCCAGAAGGAUGUGCAGGACGUCGUGGCCCCCGAGGACCAGCAGCAGCCGGCGGUGCCGGAGGUGACGGACGUCACGCUGGAGGCUGCCCGCAAGCAGAAGAUCCACAACCUGAAGCUGAAGACCUCCUGCCUGUCAAACGAGGAGUUCAUUCAGGACCUGCAUGUGUCGGACUGGAGCGAGACGCAGAAGCAGAAGCUGCAGGCUGCGCACGAGAAGGCGCAGGAGCUGCUCGGCGCCG